CCUUAUAUGUAUUCUUUCCUUAUAUGUAUUCUUUCCUUAUAUGUAUUCUUUCCUUAUAUAUUCUUUUCCUUAUAUGUAUUCUUUUUUUAUAUAUGUAUUUUCUUAUAUAUUCUUUCCUUAUAUUCUUUCCUUAUAUGUAUUCUUUUCUUAUAUGUAUUUUUCUUAUAUGUAUUCUUUAUUAUGUUUCUUUCCUUAUAUGUAUUUUUUCUUUAUAUGUAUUCUUUUCCUUUAUAUAUGUAUUCUUUCCUUAUAUGUAUUCUUUCCUUAUAUAUGUAUUCUUUCCUUAUAUGUAUUCUUUUUCCUUUAUAUGUAUUCUUUCCUUAUAUGUAUUCUUUUCCUUAUAUGUAUUUUUCCUUAUAUGUAUUCUUUCCUUAUAUGUAUUCUUUUCCUUAUAUAUUCUUUCUUUUUAUAUGUAUUCUUUCCUUAUAUGUAUUCUUUCCUUAUAUGUAUUCUUUCCUUAUAUGUAUUCUUUCCUUUCCUUAUAUGUAUUCUUUCUUUUAUUGUAUUCUUUCCUUAUAUGUAUAUUCUUUCUUAUAUGUAUUCUUUUCUUAUAUGUAUUCUUUCCUUAUAUGUAUUCUUUCCUUAUAUGUAUUCUUUCCUUAUAUAUGUAUUCUUUCCUUAUAUGUAUUCUUUCCUUAUAUGUAUUCUUUUCCUUAUAUAUGUAUUAUUUUCCUUAUAUGUAUUCUUUUCCUUAUAUAUGUAUUGUUUUUCCUUAUAUGUAUUCUUUCCUUAUAUGUAUUCUUUCCUUAUAUAUGUAUUCUUUCCUUAUAUGUAUUCUAUCCUUAUAUAUGUAUUCUUUUCUUAUAUAUGUAUUCUUUCCUUAUAUAUGUAUUCUUUCUUAUAUGUAUUCUUUCCUUAUAUGUAUUCUUUCCUUUAUAUAUUCUUUAUAUAUGUAUUCUUUUCCUUAUAUAUGUAUUCUUAUUUCCUUAUAUGUAUUCUUUCUUUUAUAUAUGUAUUCUUUUCCUAUAUAUUAUAUAUGUAUUCUUUCCUUAUAUGUAUUCUUUCCUAUAUAUGUAUUCUUUCUUAUAUAUGUAUUUUUUCUUAUAUAUGUAUUCUUUCCUUAUAUGUAUUCUUUCCUUAUAUAUGUAUUCUUUCCUUAUAUAUGUAUUCUUUCCUUAUAUAUGUAUUCUUUCCUUAUAUGUAUUCUUUCCUUAUAUGUAUUCUUUCCUUAUAUAUGUAUUCUUUCCUUAUAUGUAUUCUUUCCUUAUAUGUAUUCUUUCCUUAUAUGUAUUCUUUCCUUAUAUGUAUUCGGACAUUCAUCACUGACGUUCUCCUUUGUCUUUGA